GAAACUCAGACGAAUAGAGAACCUUACAUAACCGCAAAGUUGUCACGAAGUCAUACAAGGAGAUCAUAUCACCUAGUAAUAACAUUUACGUUUGUUUCCAAGUCCAAGAUCAAGCCACACGAUGCAGAGGUUACAGAUUAGUUCUCGACCAUCCGAAGAGUUUCUGAUUAACCUCUUGCCGGAUUCUUCAAGCCACGACGACCUCGUGGUCUACGACGUCGCCAAGAAGGACCUGAUGCUUCACAACAACAGUUACAGGUCCGCUAAUGGAGAGAGAGCUAUUCACAUAAUCCCUCUUGUUCUCUUUCUAUGUGCGUUUGUUUUAUGGGCUUUUUCAAGUGCUCCUACUACUAGCAUUAAUAACAUGCAAACGUAGAGGAAUGACCUUUCGUUAAUUUGUGAUCACUUCUUCAAUAACUCUAAGAUAUCUAUGAUUUUAAUCACAAAAUUCGCCUAUAAUUGGAUUGUUUACUUUCUUAGUUACAAUAUUUUCCUAUUGUAAUAAACUGGCAUCAUUCAUAAUCGUA